CCAGUAUAUCAGCAGGCAAGGAGCCCCAUUGGAUACCGACCCUGUAUUCUCCAGCUGUUUCCGCAAGUAAGGCUAGCGCACGGAACUUGUACGCCUUCGGUUCCCUUCGAACAGACCCCUGUGCAGUUCCGUUCGCCAUGCCACAUCGAUCGCCGAUCCGUAACGGCCAGUCGGAAAGCAGGCAGCGGAUACGCCUGUGGCCAAUAGCCUUCUAUACACGUUUCGCAUGCAGCGGGUUCAAUGUUGACAAUUCAGGCCUUGUUUUUGACAAACAUCGGGUGACACGUUCAUUGCCGCGCGAGGCGAGCGGGAGUACGGUCAGCCCCAAUGUGCAGUCGACCUAUCCACGCCAAUAUUCGAACACUCUGUACUCUACCGGUGAAGCAAUGAUACAAGAAGUAUCAGUGGGGCAGUUAAGUGUUGUUAAUCGGUAUGCUGAACUUACGAUCACAUCAGGAGCAAUGUACACUGUUCAACACUGCAGUGUGUACAACCACCGCUUGCUGCUUGUCGAGGCAAGUAUUGACUGCUCGCCGCCUGCCAAAAUUGGAAACCAAAUUCGCUAUGAUCUACAAAAUCAUACCCGCAAUGGUAUUGACAUGGGCCGAGUUAUGUCUUCGGGGCAUUGCAAAAAGCGGUGUGUUGCUAUAAGGCAAGAAAUCAAUACAAGACUGUACAACGACUGUCUUGCCUGGUGCUCCAAUGCGGCUCGCUCACCGAUCAAGAGUCAGCCGUGUUGCAUUGUUAAGUCCACCAACCAUUUGCACAUGACAAACCUAGGCUCAGCACCGGUAAGCAUAACAUAUCAGGGUCAUGGCGAGUAAAAGGUGUUUAUCCGCAGAUUAUGUGUGAAAGUAUUCACAAGCAACCAAAUGCAGGAUCAAAGUAUAUACAACCAAGAAGUAA